AAGUCGUCCACUGUAGCCAUUGCCGUUCCAGCUCCAUUCACAAUGCAACGCGUGGUUGAGCGCGUUCGGAAGGCGGAGCGCACACUGUCCAAGAAGAGGAGCAAGGCAGCCGAGCACUUACGGCGCUCAGAAGCAUGGGAACGCAACCAAACCCGAGUGAGACAAGUGAAGGAGCACACGGCCAGGCUGCGUGAAGACCGCAAAAAUCGCGCCAUCGACUGGGAGACUGGAGCGCUGGCCCCACGCAGAGAUGUGGGCGACAAAGCAGGGAAAUACGGCGCCCUCGACAUUCCGUAUUUCCAACCCCUCGACAAGGACCCAGAGUCACGACUGCCCGAGAAUAAAUGGCCUUUUCGAGAAGGCGAUCGAGUGGUCAUCACGCGUGGGCGAGAUCAGGGCAAGAUUGGAGUCAUCAGCGAAGUGGACCACGUCAAGGACGCUGUCAAGGUGAAGGGCUUGAACAUGAUAGACGUCGCGCUUCCGAAAUGGAUGAAGGAGCGACAAAAUGACAAAAAAGAUUAUAACUCCAUUGAGCAGAUGAUCAGCAGAAAGGAUGUACAGCUGGUUUAUGCGCUGCCUGAUCUCGAAACGGGCAUCCCGCGAGAUGCCAUCAUCGAGAAGCUGGAAGUCGUUGAUGGAUUCAGAGUGAUACCAGGCUCGAACACUUUCCUUCCCUGGCCGCCGAAGGAUGAUUUACCAGAGGAGCACGAAGAGUACGAAGAUGACACAUUACGGCACGCAGUAGAGGAAAGGACAUUCCGACCCUUCUUGAUACGGCCGCCUAUGCCACUAUCCGUCAUUGACGAGCUGCGGAAUAAAUACUCGAGGUUCAGGACACGGCACGAAUACGAUUACAAGGUACAGAAAGAGCUGGAAGACGCAAAGGUGGAGGAGAGGAAGGGCUUGAUGAAGACUAUGAGGACUCCGUUGCAAGAGCUGGCGGAAGUGAGGGAGAAGCAAAAGGCCGCGCACCAGAAGGAGUUGACCGAGGAGCAAAUGGCCAAAAUUGGAGAGAUCAUUGCACAGGAGCGGGCGAGGAAGACGGAAGACGGUGUGCCUGCCCCUAUGCCUUCCGCUUAUUCUUGAGCGCAGGCCGCAUGUGCAAACAAUGGAGUGUACGAUACCCAUAUACAGAGGCAGCCAAGCCGAUAGAGUACGUGCUUCCUGCGACCCUCCAGCGCAGCUUCACUGCCUGAUAUCAUGCGACAUUGGAUUGGGAGAGCUCCCUCGUCUUCUGCAGCGGCGCGCGACUGUGAAAGCCGAGCCUGACACAAACGCAGCUCAAUGCUGCUGCGGCAUUGAAGCAGCAUUCCAAUACGAGGUGAUGCGAGACAACCAUAGCUCCCAGCAUGAUGAAGACGACCCCAGCCCAGCAAACUGCUACAUUUACGGCUAUCGACCUCCAGCAUAGUGAGACGCACAAUUCAUCCACAAAUAAAAGCAAUAGCGGAAGUCUAUAAGUCU